AUGCCGGAGCACUGUGCGGCGUAUUCCUGUGCCAAUAGGCGGACAGCAGAGAGCAGGGCUAGAGGAAUAACUUUUCACAGGUAGGAUUAAACAUUUUUUUCAACAUUACACUUGACUGUAGAGUCAUUUGUAGGCCAAAGAGGAAGACUAUCGGUCAACUUCAAAAACGAAACAGCAUUUGCGAACAGCUAGCUUAUUCACCAUAAUAGCAACUUUGCUCUAUUAUCAACAGAUUUGCAUUAGAUUGAAAAACUUUUGUUUGAGAGAGGUUCUAAGAAACGUUAAGAAAUAAAAUAGAAAGAAGAAGGGAGAAAGUGAGCUCUGUUAUCUGUUUUAUUAAAGAUUUCUUUGUGGUGAUCUCCUGUUUCAUUUUGAAGAUUUCCUAAGGACAAAAAUUUGAGGAAGAAGUGGGAGAUUGCUGUAAGGAGGGAGAAAUUCACAGCAAGGCAUUCCUCUGUGCUCUUCAGCCAACAUUUUAAGGAGGCAGACUUUGACAGGACGGGACAGGUUGUCCGCAUCCGAGAUGGCGUUAUUCCGUCCGUCUUCAAGUUUCCAGGUCACCUCCAAAGAGUAGGUGCAUCACAAUAAAGUUGUUUUAUUCUAUUGAUUACAUGGCAUGAAUUACUUAUUGUGAUUCCCUCUCUAUCUAUCUAUCUAUCUAUCUAUCUAUCUAUCUAUCUAUCUAUCUAUCUAUCUAUCUAUCUACCUACCUAUCUACCUAUGUCUUUCUGUCUUGUCUUUAUUUUUAUUUUUUUAUUUCAUUUCAGGCAUGUUGGGUGGUUUAUAAAACACCCAGGGUAUCAGACAAUUUUAUUUCAUUAUCUAGUUUGUUCCAAAGCCUCACCCGGCUGAAAGAGAUAGUGAAGGACUUAAUGGUGGUUCUUGCCACUUUUCCUCUUCAUUUUAGCCAGAAAAAAGCAGGAACACAUCUGCCUCCAGAAAAUCUGAGGCGAGCCUGUCUGAGACUCCUCAGGAUAACUCAGUGGCCUCAACCUCACAUUCUGAAUCUCAGCCUGAAGAUGUGAGUAUUUCAAUUUUACCCAUAAGCAUGUCAUGAUGGUUUUAGAGACUGGUAGCGGAUUUGACAACUGAUGACUUUUAGAAAUAAUGCGAGCCCAUCUGUGUGAUACAGCUAGUAAAACAUAACUCAAACAAUGCUCAUCUCUCCUUUUUCUAGGAUCACAGCUAUGUAAUGCCUUCCUCCCCAACCGCUUUAAAGGCCAGACUCACCGGAGCUUUGGAAAGAGUCGAUAAAUUGGAGCGAGAAAAAAAGAAUGCCAAGGCACGUGAAAAGAGGGCGAAGACAACCGUGAAGAGUCCUCUAUCACAAUUAUGUGAAAAGAAUCUCAUUAAUGAAGAGCUCAAGGACAGACUUGAGCAAAUUGUUAUGUAGUUUAGAUGCUGUCCUGUCAUGCUGUUCUUGUGUUUAAAUUUUUUUGAUAUGUAGGCUAUAUAUUUGUGUGUAUUUUCCUGUUAUUAAAAUAGUGCUUCUAUAUGACAUUAUUUGUGUGUGUCCUUUAUUAUGUCUAUGGUGCUGCGCAGCGAGAAAUGCGGCCGCCAUCUUGGUCAGGUCAAGCUUCCCAUACGCUCCGGUCAAUCAUAUUCAUUCAUUCAUUCAUUCAGCGAUGCCGGAGCACUGUGCGGCGUAUUCCUGUGCCAACAGGCGGACAGCAGAGAGCAGGGCUAGAGGAAUAACUUUUCACAGGUAGGAUUAAACAUUUUUUUCAACAUUACACUUGACUGUAGAGUCAUUUGUAGGCCAAAGAGGAAGACUAUCGGUCAACUUCAAAAACGAAACAGCAUUUGCGAACAGCUAGCUUAUUCACCAUAAUAGCAACUUUGCUCUAUUAUCAACAGAUUUGCAUUAGAUUGAAAAACUUUUGUUUGAGAGAGGUUCUAAGAAACGUUAAGAAAUAAAAUAGAAAGAAGAAGGGAGAAAGUGAGCUCUGUUAUCUGUUUUAUUAAAGAUUUCUUUGUGGUGAUCUCCUGUUUCAUUUUGAAGAUUUCCUAAGGACAAAAAUUUGAGGAAGAAGUGGGAGAUUGCUGUAAGGAGGGAGAAAUUCACAGCAAGGCAUUCCUCUGUGCUCUUCAGCCAACAUUUUAAGGAGGCAGACUUUGACAGGACGGGACAGGUUGUCCGCAUCCGAGAUGGCGUUAUUCCGUCCGUCUUCAAGUUUCCAGGUCACCUCCAAAGAGUAGGUGCAUCACAAUAAAGUUGUUUUAUUCUAUUGAUUACAUGGCAUGAAUUACUUAUUGUGAUUCCCUCUCUAUCUAUCUAUCUAUCUAUCUAUCUAUCUAUCUAUCUAUCUAUCUAUCUAUCUAUCUAUCUAUCUAUCUAUCUAUCUAUCUAUCUAUCUACCUACCUAUCUACCUAUGUCUUUCUGUCUUGUCUUUAUUUUUAUUUUUUUAUUUCAUUUCAGGCAUGUUGGGUGGUUUAUAAAACACCCAGGGUAUCAGACAAUUUUAUUUCAUUAUCUAGUUUGUUCCAAAGCCUCACCCGGCUGAAAGAGAUAGUGAAGGACUUAAUGGUGGUUCUUGCCACUUUUCCUCUUCAUUUUAGCCAGAAAAAAGCAGGAACACAUCUGCCUCCAGAAAAUCUGAGGCGAGCCUGUCUGAGACUCCUCAGGAUAACUCAGUGGCCUCAACCUCACAUUCUGAAUCUCAGCCUGAAGAUGUGAGUAUUUCAAUUUUACCCAUAAGCAUGUCAUGA